AUGAAGAUAGCUGCAACUUGGGGCUUACUGGCCACCGCCGCGUUGGUAACAGCCGGAUCGCCCACUGUCUACUUGAUCCGGCAUGGAGAGAAACCGAGCGAUGGCGGCAACGGACUAAGCGCCCAGGGUGUCCAACGUGCACAGUGUCUGCGAUCGGUGUUCGAGAAGGGUUCUAUCUAUAACAUUGGGUACAUCAUGGCACAGACGCCUAAGAGUAAUGGCAAGCAGGCGCGUCCGUACGAUACCGUUGAGCCACUAGCCGAGGAUCUUGGAUUCACUAUUGAUACAUCUUGUGAUCGAGACGAUCCAAGUUGCGUCAAGAAAGUGGUCCAAAAUUACGGCGGGGCAGGUAACAUUUUGAUCUGCUGGGAGCACGAUGCAUUGACAGAUAUUGCAAAGGAGCUGGGUGAUCAAACCGCACCUUCAUAUCCAGAUGAUAGUUAUAACAUCAUUUGGACUGACCCAUCUCCUUACUCGACUAUUACAGCGGAAACGAGCGAGAACUGCCCAGGAUUAGAUCAGUGA